AUCACCCCCCCCCCCGUCCCCUGUAUUCGACGUUGGUAGAUUACGGUGCAUAUACCUCCCAUUGCUGCAGAUACCGACGAGGGUUGAUUGCGUACACGACAUGACCUAGGGAAUUUUGGGAAGGAUUCGAGUUUCAAACUGCCUAACUGUGGACCUCACAUGUCCAGGAUGCGUUAAUCCCAAGCCGCGCCUUGAAACGGAAGAAGAUGUGUAGGUGGAACCCAUGUAGCAAAGGCCCGGGUACACCGUAUCAUAAAUGUGCUGAUGGCAAAGGAUUGAUAAUCUAUAUGUCAAUAAUCCACUUCGGCCUCGGUGUUAAAUAUCAAGCCGAGUAGAGUACAUAUAAUAACUGCUUCACCGUGUAUCCUGAUUCAACCCUCGUCAGGCGACUAUUGGGUCAGGCGACUAUUGGAAACUAUGCGUCUCACCCCUUGCGCACCCCUUCGUUCAUAUAACCCGCAACCACCACCACCAUUUGAUAUCUCAUAGUCCCUUGAAAUUCAACCAUUAUAAAAAUGACCUCAGAUCUAAAGCCAAUCAAAGUGUACGGUGGAUCAUUUGGCCCAAACCCUUUCAAAAUCUCAAUCAUACUAUCAGAGCUCAAUAUCCCCACCGAACCUAUCCUGAUCGAAUUCAGCGAACUCAAGAAACCAGCGUACGAGUCCAUCAACCCCAACGGACGCCUCCCAGCCAUCCACGACCCUAACACAGGUCUCACCCUCUGGGAAUCCGGCGCGAUCAUCGAAUAUCUGGUAGAAACAUACGACCGAGAUCACAAGCUAAGCUUUGUCCCCGGCAGUGCAGAGGCGCACCAAGCACGUCAAUGGUUGCACUUCCAAGCAUCUGGACAAGGGCCGUACUACGGCCAAGCGGUUUGGUUUCAACGAUACCACCAAGAGCGCGUGUCGAGUGCGGUCGAGCGGUAUGUGAAUGAGAUACGGCGUGUGUCGAAGGUACUGGACCGGUGGUUGGAGAGUAGAGAGUGGCUUGUCGGGGGUAAGCUUUCGUAUGUGGAUUUUGCUUUCGUGCCGUGGCAGAAUGCAGCGAAGGCUAUGUUGUCGGAUGAAGGGUAUGAUCAAGGUGAAUUCCCGCAUAUGUCGGCGUGGUUGGAGAGAAUGAAUAAGAGGGAGACGGUUAAGGGGCUCAUUGAGAAGCAGGAGAGGAUGCUUCAGGAGAAAGCGAAGAAUGUGACUAGCCCAGAGCAUUGAUUGCAUAUACUGGAGACCCCGUAUUUCUUCUUUGACGUAGGUGAGACAUGGGCGUUAAACAGGUCAAU